GGGUAUCAAUGUCUAUUAAGGUAUAAAUCUACUUUUUUCUAUGACCUCUAACAGGAUAUAUCUAACUCUGUGGCUGUCCUUUUAUUGCCAUUAUGUAAACUAAAGUAGUCUAGUGGGUGGGACUUGUUCUGGGUUAGGGAGGGAUCACAGAAUUCCAUCCAAGCCAGUGGAAGGGAUCAACCAAUAAAUCAUAUUCCUGAACAAAUACUCCAGUACAGCAGGGGACAGUAAAACUCUAAAAUGAAGACAGCUACAUUUCUAACUCUGUGGUCUUCUAUUAGGUUUCAGAAAUGUCCACCUCCAGCAAUGUCCUGUCUGAAGAGCAGUUCCUGUGCUCUGUCUGUCUGGAUGUGUUCACUGAGCCAGUCUCUAUUCCAUGUGGACACAACUUCUGCAAGGCCUGUAUCAGUGAAUACUGGAACACCACUGCCCUGUGCCAGUGUCCACUGUGUAAGGACACAUUCAACAGAAGACCUGCCCUAAAAACCAACACAACACUCAGAGAAGUUGCAGAUCAUUUUAAGAGGAUGAAGGUCUCAGACAGAGAGGAGUCCUCUUCCAAGCCUGGAGAAGUAGCACAAGUGCAGCAGAUGGUCCAGGAGCGACUGGAUCCUGAGCUGAGGAGGUUACAGCAGUGGUCAGUGGAUGUGACUCUGGAUCCUGAUACAGCACACUGCAAGCUCAUUGUGUCGGAGGACAGGAAACAAGUGAGCUAUGGAGACAUACGGCAGAUUCUCCCUGACCUCCCAGAGAGGUUUGAAUGUUAUCUAUCGGUCCUGGGAAAGGAGGGCUUCUCCUCAGGGAGAUUCUACUUUGAGGUUCAGGUUAGAGGGAAGAUUGAAUGGCAGGUAGGAGUGGCCAGAGAGUCCAUCAUCAGGAAGGGCCCAACGGCUGUAAGCCCUGAGGGUGGACUCUGGGCUCUGUAUAUGAAUAGGAAUAAGUAUAUAGCCAAGGACACACCCCAUAUGCACCUCUUCCUGAGUCAGAAACCCCAGAAGGUGGGGGUGUUUGUGGAUUACGAGGAGGGUCAGAUCUCCUUUUAUGAUGUAGAAAACAGGUCUCAUAUCUACUCUUUCACUGGUUGUACCUUCACUGAGAAGCUAUAUCCAUACUUGAACCCCUGUGAUAAUGAGGAGGGUUCAAACUCAGCCCCAUUGGUCAUCUCUCCUGUCAAUCACACUGCCUGAAUUGAGGUCCAAUAAGGCAGAAGUGCUGAUAAUAUUGGGCCGUUUUUCAAGGGGUCUGCCAAGUAGUCGUACACCAAAUUUCAUAACAUCUAGGUGUUUAACAUCAUGUCAGAAACUGCAUCAACAUGAUCAUCUGAAGCAUGACUGCAAUGUAUCUAACGUGGUGGUCAAUGAUUGGUUCAUUUGUGCAGCAUGACUUCUUUGCGGCCUGUUUAGACCAUGAUGUUUGAUAUGGUUUUGGUGUUAAAAUCAGAGGAUAAUGCUUGAAAUCUGAUCUACAGUAGAAUAUGUUUUAGUUGGUGUCUUUGUUCCCAUUUCUUUUCCCCAUGUUUCAGUAUAGUGUGUUGAGACGUUGUUUGGAUUCAUUUGGGAGUAUGUCCUGAAUUAUCCAAAUCUAGUACAAUGCAUAACAUUUCUUGUGAGUUUUCAUUGUA